UUCCUAUAAAUUGUCAGUCAGCUAAGGGAAGACAACUUAAACGUUACAUAACAUAACGCACAGUAAUUUCAAGAGAAGAAAAACCCAGAAUGAAGACUACAAUUUUCUUGUUCGGGCUUGCGCUCGUUGUCGCAAUUAUCAUCCCGACUAACGGAAAACCUGCAGCUGCACCUGGAGCAUCUGCCGAGGCUAAUCCCGGAGCAUCUGCCGAAGCUAAUCCUGCAGCAUCUGCUGAAGCUAAUCCCGCAGCAUCUGCCGAGGCUAAUCCCGAAGCAUCUGCUGAAGCUAAUCCCGCAGCAUCUGCCGAGGCUAAUCCCGCAGCAUUUGCCGAGGCUAAUCCCGCAGCAUUUGCCGAGGCUUUCGCCAACGCUGAGGCUAAUCCUAUAGCAUAUGCUAAGGCUUUUGCUGAAGCUCUCGCCGCGCCUUUCGCCGGAGCUAAUCCCGAAGCAAUUGCCGAGGCUUUAGCCAACGCUGAUCCCGCAGCAAUUGCUUCAGCUAUUGCUGAAGCUCUCGCCGCAGCUUCUGCCGAAGCUUUCGCCGGACCUAGUCAGGCUAAGGUAUAACUUCUGAGG